AUGGUCGCUGAUACCGCCUAUUAUGACGCCUUGGGCGUUCCGCCAACAGCUACAGAGCUUGAGAUCAAGAAGGCCUAUCGCAAGCUCGCCAUCGUCACUCAUCCCGACAAGAACCCAGGCGAUGAAACCGCGCACGCACGGUUCCAGGCGAUCGGUGAAGCCUAUCAAGUUCUGAGCAAUGAAGAUUUGCGAAAACGUUAUGAUAAAUUCGGAAAGGAAGAGUCGGUCCCUGGUGGUGGUUUUGAGGACCCCUCGGAGUUCUUUAGUAUGAUAUUUGGAGGCGAGGCAUUCGUUGACCUCAUCGGAGAAAUUUCACUUAUGAAAGAUUUGACUGCGACGAUGGAUAUCACAAUGGAGCAGAUGGAGGAGGAAGAGCUGGCCGAGUCCGCCGAACAGAAGCUCCACAUUCACGACGAAGAGCUCAAGGCGGGAACCGAGGGCGCAUCCGCCACAGGCUCUGCAACAGAGGCCUCGACUGGUCCGACCGCAGAUAAGCCCCAAGCUUCCUCGGAAGCCUCCGGCAAUGGAUCUGGAACGAGCACACCCCGGAGAUACAUGGGUCAGCAGGCCCUCAUGGACCGGUCGGAGGAAGAGGCGCGAAUGGAUGCAGCUGGUCUGUCCCAGGAGGAAAAGGAACUGCGCAAGAAGGAGAAGAAGAAGGGUCUGUCGAAGGAGCAACAGGAGCGCCUCGCCGCGUUUGAGGAGGAGCGAAGAAAGGCUCGGGAGGAUCGCGUUAACACUCUGGCCAACAAGCUGAUCGACCGCCUCAGUGUCUGGACUGAAACUGACAAGGGUAAAGAUGUAACCCACGCGUUCGAGGAGAAGAUUCGUCUCGAAGUCGAGAACUUGAAGAUGGAGUCGUUUGGAUUGGAGAUUCUCCACGCCGUCGGCGCUACUUACGUGCAAAAGGGUACUUCAUUCCUCAAGUCUCAGAAAUUCCUCGGUAUCUCCGGGUUCUUCUCGCGACUGAAGGAUAAGGGCACUCUGGCGAAGGAGACGUGGACCACCAUCUCAACUGCUAUCGACGCCCAGAUGACAAUGGAAGAGAUGGCCAAGCUUGAGGAGCGUGGCGGUGAGGACUGGACCGAUGAGAAGAAAGCGGAGUACGAGAAGAAGGUGACAGGCAAGAUCUUGGCUGCCGCAUGGCGUGGAAGCAAGUUCGAGAUUCAGAGUGUCCUGCGUGAGGUCUGCGACCAGAUUCUGGGUGACAAGCGCAUUCGUUUGGAGAAGCGCGUGGAACGUGCCCAUGCACUGGUUCUGGCUGGUAACAUCUAUGCUAAGGCUGAGCGAGAUCCCGAGGAAGAGGGUGAUUAUAUGGCGUUCGAACAGUUGAUGGCCGAAGCCAUGACCAAGAAAGGCAAGGACGAGAAGAAGAAGAAGGAAAAGAAGAAACACGGUCACCAUGACUCCGAGGACAAUGAGUCAGAGAAGCCGACGGCGGCAUGA